AUGAUAAAAAAUGCAGUGUCCUCGCUGAUGGUGCGCCUCCUCCACCUGCCCCGCGCCGCCCCCACCCCCACCUACCGCCCCCUCCUCCCGCUCCCUCCCCCGCGGCUGCGAGUGGCCGCGUCGGCCUCGCCACCCCUCGCCGCCAUGUCGACGGCGGCGCAGCAGGCGGUCGCGGAUCAGAAGCGCGCGGUGCGGUCCGACGUGCGCAGGGCGCUCAAGGCCCUCUCCCCCGAUCAGCGCACCAGCGAAGAUCUGGCUAUUCAAAACAAUAUUUUGAACUCUUCUUGGUUCAAAGCAAGCAAACGGUUGUGUGCCUAUAUAAGCUGUGCGCAAUUACGAGAAGUGGAUACAUCAAAAAUAAUAGCAGAAGUUCUAUCCUCAGAUCCUGAACAUGAUGGACAAGCAAAGGAUAUCUAUGUUCCUCGAGUGGAAGAUAAAAACCGCAAUAUGCGGAUGUUCAAAAUCACAACCAUGGAUGAUUUAGUUAAAAAUUCAAUGAACAUUCUGGAACCGUCACCAUUGGAUGCUAGUGGGAAUGCUUGUGAAGAUGUGUUGUCAGCCUCAUCCCCUGUCGAUCUUUUUGUGUUGCCUGGACAAGCUUUUGACAGAACUGGCCGAAGACUAGGACGUGGUGGAGGGUACUAUGACACUUUCUUGAUGAGAUACCAAGAACUUGCUAAAGAGAAAGGGUGGAGUCAGCCUCUUCUAGUUGCACUUUCAUACUCGGUGCAAAUUCUGGAGGAAGGCAUCAUCCCGGUUAACUCAACAGAUGUUCCUAUUGAUGCUCUGGUCACAUCCUCUGGAAUCAUUCCAAUCAGUCCUGCAGCACUGGAGAAGGUGUAA